UAAGUUUAUUUUUAAGUCCUUAAAGUACAAAAUUAAGACUUUAAUUUGUUCCAAGAGGAGCUCUUUGUUCAGAUGUGCUAACAUUUCGAAAUAAAGCUUUAUAACAGCCAUUCUGCUUUGCCGGUUUAAGAUUACCCAACCCCACCCUCCCCGUUUUCCUUAUAACUGUGUACAAUGUAUGUGAUUAUUAUUCUAAUCUAAGGUGGGGAGUCGAGACUGAGUAAGAACUGGUAGUUGUAUAAUGAACUGAAAGCAUGGGUACGCCUUUAACCUUAACAGGUACAAGCCUAUUAAACAAAUGCGAUGCUUCCCACAAAAUUAAGUCCUCUGUGUACCUUUCUUUUUCCAGCAUACGCAUCAUUAAAAGCAGUUACACUCUAAUCAACGGGAAUUCCUUCCAAACGCGCUUAGAAUCGCGGUCUAUGUACAGCCACGUCCGGCUGCAUAGGCCUCCUAUGGAGAAGUGCUCCUCAAGCAUGAUCACAUGCGCCGCUGUUCCUAAAUGGCCUCCUACUAUUGUGCAAGUCCUGCCCUCCCUUCCUGUCGGAGGAGACUGCAUCUCAUCCAGCCGGGACGCCGUUUACCCCUCCGAGUUGCCUUGUGAUUAAGUCGCGAAACCGCCCCGAGAAGUUCCCUGUGCGGGGGAGGGCAGACUCAGCUCGGGAUCGGUUCCAAACUGGCGGAGGCGCUGGGCGGGCGAAGCGAGCUCGGUCCUGGCCCAGGAAGCUCCGUCGCCCUCCCCGCCCGGGGCCAGGCGGAGCCAGCAGCGGGAGGAGGAGGAGGUGAGAGGUCGCUUAGCUCCGGUCGCCCAUAGAGACGGAGGAGUCCCGAGUUGUGAGGGCGGCGGCGGCCGAAGCGGGGACAACGGAAGCCAAGGAAGACGCUCUCGGCUCCCGCCCGGCCGCGGACGUGUGAGAGGAGAGGGUGGUUUCUCACACUGUGCUGAGCCCAGGGCCUUUGUUGCUGGCAAAUGGAUGAGUGGAUUUGUGGAGGCCUGAUGAUGGGCAAGCCUAGCCUCAAGAAAAAUGACAGGAGAAUGUAAGAACACUUGAAAGACCUUGUUGAAAAUGUCUAGCAGAACCUCCGGCACAACAAACAAUAUAGCUCAGGCUAGAAGAACUGUUCAGCAGUUGAGAAUAGAAGCAUCUAUAGAAAGAAUAAAGGUAUCUAAGGCGUCAGCAGAUCUAAUGUGCUAUUGUGAGGAGCAUGCUAGGAAGGAUCCUUUACUAAUGGGUAUACCUGCUUCGGAAAACCCCUUCAAGGAUAAAAAGACCUGUAUAAUCCUAUAGGCAAAGCAACCAGAUGCCUUCAAGACCCUCCCUGUGAAACCAACCAAGCAGUCUCCUAAGAGAAGUAACCUGAAGAUCAUCUGGUACCAACUGCAUAAAACAACAAUCCAUUUACAUUGUGUAUCAAUGAACUUUUAAGUUUUCUAAAAAGUUUCUUUUCUUUAUAGUGUUCAAAGUCAAAGUGGGGAUGCAAGGUUAGAGUUACUCCUUGUACAAUAGAAUGAUUCUAAAAGCAUAGUUAGCUAUUGGAUUCUGUUGACUUUUAUGGGAUGAGAGAUGUGUGGGGUGGGUUUUACUUUAAAGUGCAAUGAGUGUUCUCAUAUAAGGUAUUAGAUUGAACAAUCAAGACCAAAGUUGCCUGAACUUCAUUUACCUAUUAGUGAGGAAGACAAGUAGACAAGCUUACUUUACAUUUUGAUUUUAUACUAGUGUCUAUCCUUGUGUAUGUUAUGUAAUUGGUGUCUAAUAUAUCUAGAAUGUGUACAUAUAUUUGGUUCGGUAUAUACACACAUUCCAUGUACAUUCUUUAACAAAAUGCACCCCUAAAGGUUACUUAUCACAUUUAUUGAUAAACAUGUCUUUACCAUCAAGUAUAUCUUAAGGUUUUCACUACCUGAUUUUAUUUUUUUCAUAUUUCUUUUACAAUUAGUGUUCCAUCUGCUCACAGAUUCUAAAAGCAAAGUCUAAAGGAAAAAUUCUUACGCCUUUCCAUUGCUUCACGGGGACUCUCUACCCUCUUAUCUUCCCUGUACAAUUCCUGUUGAACUGAUUGUAUGUAAGCAUCCACACAUUUUGCUUUGUUUGCUAAUUUUACAUUAAACAAAUGCCAAAUAAUAUCUUAGAGGAAUUGGCAGGCGCUGAGUGCAGUCAGUUCAUGGUGCUGUUGGUUCUAUACAAGGCCUACUGUUCUUUUUUUAAAAAAAAUGGGGGUUGUGCUGAAAAAAUACUUGGGGGAUAGAAGAAAUAUCCAGAAACAAAUCCCUGGCAAAUGUAAGCCGUAUUAUAGUAUUUGUGCACACUUCAUGCCUUGUUAGAAUACAAAGUGAGCAUACAAUACUGACUUUUUUCAAACCAUGAGUUUGUAUUUAUAUUCCAUUUGUUGCCACUGCCAGCCCUUUAAACUUUUAAUUUUGUGGUCUGCCAUAUCUUUGCAUUUAUAGAAUCUGUUAAGUACCUUGUGGCUGGCCUUGUAAUAGAUGUACAGAGAUUGAUAUGAGGGUAAGGGGCCUAACACAUAGGUCUAGAUUCUUUUAGAAGAGCCUUGGUAGCAUAGAAAGCAAAGUCAGCCAGUGGCUUUCCUAUCACAGGGUCCAGGAGCAGCUUGCUUCCACCCAUUAAGAGCCAGAUUUCUCUCAUUAAAUAUGUGGCAGUUAAAUCUUGCUACAAUACAGGUGGAAUAAAACAAAAACCAGAUCUUCACUGUAUCUGCAGGGAAGAAGACCAGGCUACAGAGCCAACAAGCCAAGGUCCCUAUUCCACUCAUUAGUUCUUGGUGUUGUACUAACUUAAAUUUCUUGUCUGUUUCUCUUGUAGUAGUACAUAAUUAUAGAUUAAAUAUUGAUAACAAGAGAUAUUUUGUACUUUGUUUACUCCAAAACUUGAAAUUGGAAAUCAGCCAGCUGUGAGAAACAAACCAACAAAGUAAUCUUGCUGUUUGUUUUUUACUAUUGAAAAACUGUUUUUUAAAUUAGAAUAUUUUUUCUAAUGGGAGCUUUGAAAACAGUAAACAACUUUCAAAAUUUUGUUUAUUGUUGUUCACUCUGGCCUUUCACAAUGAAUGCACAUUAAACAAUAUUGUAACUCAAACAUCCAUAUGUGAACUACACACUGUCACCAUUUUGCUUGCAGUUUAAUGGUUGAUUCAUUUAGAACCAAGACCGAAUAAUGGACAAUAUAGAUUAAUGAUUGACUUGCAUACUGAUUUUCUAAUGUGAAAGCAAGGCCCAUGCAUUUCUCUAAACAUACUUUGAAGUAAGCAGGGUCAGGAUCACAUUCUCCACUGACAUUGGUUUUUCUUGACUUAUUUUAAGAUCUUGGGAAGCUGUUGAUUUUUGUGUGAUGCACCAAGGGAUGCCUUUCUAAAAGGCUAUCUCAUACAACAGUUAUCAUGUAAUGACGUUCAGAGCUCACUUUAUUUUCUGUAGAUUAGUACGAGUUGAAUCUGUCUUGUCAAAUUCACCACAUAUCUGAAUCAUAACUUACCACAUAUGAGAAUCUUUGAAAAGCAUUCUGAAUCAAAAUGUGAUGAAUGUAAAACCUACAAUUCAAUCUGUGUAGAUCACUAGAAAAAUUGAAAACACUGAAAAAAUGGCGGUUUGUUGCGGUUCAUGGUUUGUCACAUUUCACGAACCACAACCCACCAUGAACUUGCCCAGUUCACGAACCAGUUCAUUUGGUUCAUAUGUACAUCACUUAUGGGGCUGCAGAAGGUCUGCAGAAAGCCCAUCCCCCCAUUGCCUAGGUAACAGAUUGAUUGGUGCCAGGCUGUCUGCAGUGACGAAGUGAAAAACUAACUGGUUCAUGAACCAAAACCCAGCCCAGUUCAUGAUGAACUUUGGUUCAUAUUUCAGUUUGUUCUCAUCUCUAUUACUGAUUCAUGUGGCCUUAAAGCAGUUGUUUGGAACAUGGAAAGCGCAGAAUUGUGUUGCUGGAAACAUAAAAAAGAAUGCAGUAUUUAUGAUGAUAGGAUAGCCCUCCCAUACAAGUAAUAUUUCAAAUGAAGACAGCCUGGACUGGCAAAAUUGCCAAGUAAUGUCUCCUUUGUAGAGUCCGUUUUUGGUAGUACUUGCCUAAAGCUAACUCUGGAGAAAUCCCAGGUGCCUUUUACCUGUGAUGCCAACUUCUAAAAAGCUGAAACUUUUGGAGUAUAUAUGCUUUCCCCAGCCCUGAUAGAUUAUAUAUAUAUGUCUAUAUUUUUAAGCCAAUUGGAACUGCUUAAUAUAGCAAUUUUUACUCAUCAAAUUGAUGCAUCCUUUAAAUAAAUAUAUUUCUUCUUGGUGUUAAUCAGCUUGGUACUUGCAUACAGAAAUUAAUAUGGUAGUUCAGUGUCUGUGCACAGAGUUUUUAAAUGACUGAAUAAAAAUAUACACUUACAGAAACAAAGCAUUGUACAAAGCCGCAUACACUGUAUGCCAGUGUUGACAUUGAACUAGGAAGCUAAAUGAUAGCUUCAAAAGAUCUCAAGCUAGACAACCCUCUUGUCUGGAAGGAAAACCUUGGGCUGGCUGCGGAAUGAUUACAGGAGAGAAAGGAAGUCCACUGAAGUUGCUUUCAACCAACCAAUGUCCCCUCUAAUACCGCCACUCUCCCCCUCCUCUUGAGUACAGCUAAAGAUAUGGGCCUCUGGGUACUAGGUAUGUUUAUUAUUUUCCUUCCAUAUCAGUGCUAUAAUAACCUUAAGUGUAUUUUAAAACCUUAUUCAAGUAUUUUACCUGUUUUUGUGUUGCAGUACCAGGCAAAAUUUGUUGGAACCAGAGAUGCCUUUCCAUGUACAGAAGACUUCUUCCGUUCAUGGAAGGGCUAUUUUUCCACUUCACAGUAGAGAGAUGUAUGAUAAAAUGGAAACUAAAUCCAAGUACAUUUUUGGUCUUCUGUGGAGACUCACAUUGGGACUCCACAUGCGCAGGCCAGCCAUGGAUAAGAAUUUCCUAGCUUUAGAACACUAGAAGGAUGCCCCUCCCCCACAGAGUGCAAGGUGGCAUUUUCACGGCAAAACAGUGAUGUGGUAAGAGCAAGGAGUGCCCCCUUUCCUCAGUUCUCUCUUCACUGCCACUGAGAGAAGAUCCUCUUCUAGCAUCUCGUUUGGUAUUUUUUUCUACUUACAAGUCGGCAUUGGUUUAUGAUGAAAGAAAAAGAAAGAACUGCUGCAGAAAUCUUUAUUUAAAGUGUAGUAUGAAAAUGACUCAGACAGAUGAAUACUGUCUGUCCGCUUUGGUGUCUUGAGUCCCACAACGUAUUUACUUGUUGCCUCUGUCAGCAGUUCAGUCCUAAAGCUCAUCAUGAUAGAGCCAAAUGGAGGUGGCGUUAUAGGAAAAGGCAUUGUCUGAUUCCCAACUUACGGCAGCAGUCUCAUCUGCCACAGUGAAACAUACUUCUUGAGUUGAGUCUGUGUCCUUGGUUUUGUCAGUUCCAGCCUUGGAUCUGUCUUUGCACCAAUGCCAAUCACUAGUUCCAGUUACCUCUCAUAGGAGUUUGUCAGAACCUCCACCAAAUAAGACGAGGACAAAAUCUAAGCACCGGGAUGAGUGCCUCUCAUUUCUGGCCCCAGCUAAGCAUGCAAGUUAUCAGGAAGACAUCACCUUAUACUCAGCACUAGCUAAGAGAUGUUGUGUUUCUUUGAAACCCCUGAAUACUAGGCUCUGUGGCCUGCACUUUUCACAUUGGUGCCAUGGCAACCAUACCCAUGGUUUCCAUCUCCAGUGUAUGGAACCAACGGGCGGGGGGGGGGAUUAUUAUUAUUCUACACCACAAGUGGUUCCAUCAACUUGCACCUUAGUGGUUUGAGAUCAUCCAUUGGUUCCCGUUCCGUUCCACUGCUGUGCUCCACCUUCCCAAGAUUUGGCACAGGAUGACGAACAUACUUCCAAGUUUCAUUUGGAUCCAUCACCAGUUUGAAACUUUAGGGGAUCCCAUUCCUGUGUCCUCAGAUGAAGAUCUCAGACUGUUUUUGGAAUAAACAUUACAAAUGCCGUAUCAGCUUCUCAUUCUCUGAUAGAAGUUAAAACUGUUUUCCACAUCACACCUUUAACGUUUUUUUGAAAGUGAUAUUUAAUCUUUUUCUGUCUGUAGUCCCAUGAUAGAGUAUUUCUUUAGUAUUGUCUCAGUUGACACAUAGCCCAUUUGACCCUCUAGCUACUUGUUCUCUGCCAUUACUUUCCCUAAAAGUCUGUUUUCUACUGGCUAUGACUUCUGUCAGAAGAGAUGGAGAGCUAGUAGCUCUCUGUGCAGAUGUUCCUUUUAUUAAGUUGCAGAGUGAAAAUUUGGUUUUGCAUACUAGUCUCCAGUUUCUUCCUAAUGUUGUGUCUAGAUUUGUCAUAAAAUAUCACUUUACCAGUGUUUUUUCCUUUCCCCUCAUAUAUGGAAUGUACACUGAACAUGUUGCAUGUUAAAAGUGCAUUAUUUUAUUUAGAAAGGAUACAGUCGUUUAGGAACAAUCCACAUCUUUUUUUUUGUUCACAUCCCAGUAAAGACAAAUUUACUUCUGCUCAAACAUUAUUACGAAGGAUUGUUACCACCAUUAAACUGUGUUAUCAACAAGAUGGAAUGUGUUGUCCCUUCGACAUAUGGACACAUUCCACUAGAGCUCAAACUUUUUCUGCAGCUUUUCUCCAUAGGGCUCAAACUUUUUCUGCAGCAUUACUCAGUUGAUGCCCUCUGAUUGGCACAUAGUCUUCAGCUGACCCUUUUGUACACCAUUACUCUAUAAACAUUAAUUUGAGAAAGGAAUCGACAGUAAAAUGCUGUAUUGCAUGCUUUGUUUUGGUGAGAGUCUCACUGCCAUGUCCUUGAUUAGUACUUAUUAGACUCCCAGCAUGGGACUGCAUAGAAGACCAAACAUGAAAAUAGGGUUGCAGUUACCUGUAACUGUUGUUCCUUAAGUGUAUUCUGUGCAGGCACACAUACCCUCCCUCCUGCCCUGCUGUAAGCCUCUUUCUCUUUCUUCUGGAGCUUCCAGCAUCUUAGGAGAACUGAAGGAAAGGGGUGCUCCCCCCAUCAUGGCAUAUGAUGAUUUUGGUGGAAAAACACCCCUCUAGCAUUCCAAAGCAGCAAGAUUCUUCGCGGCUGACUUGCACAUGUGUGACUUGCACAUGCUUAAUGUGUGCCUGCACACAAGAUGCUUGAUGAACAACACUGCGAAGUAUGUGCAACCCUGUUUAUGCAAGCAUGAGAGCAGACCUGCCUAUUAGAACACUGUACUUACUGUUCCGCUUGUGCUUAAGGAUCAGUGCCUACUGCUGUUUUCCUUCUCCUUGUGGUUCUUUGGAUCCAAACCAAUAUUUUCACCAGCAGUGCUUUAGAUCUUUAAUACACAUGUGUAUUUUAUUAACAUGAGAGUAUUUGAAAAUCUUUGUUUAAAACUGCAGGGACAUAAUUAAAAUGUAAAAAUUGUGCCAACUUGAGAGUCAGAAAUGCCUUUUGACUUUUAUUCUGAAACACAUGGGUUGAAACGAGCCCCUGUUAAGUCCAGCGCAAUUUCUGUGUUGACUUUAUAGCAGUUUUCAGUUACAGCAGAUGUAAAUUAAACAACAAAAUGUCAGUUUGGGUCGCUUCUGUUCUAGUAGAUUUUAGGUAACUGCUAAAUGUAUUUCAUUUCCCCCCUUUUGUUUCAAGGUGUACUGUCUUUUCUGAAGAAUCAAAAUAUACAUUUGCUAUCUGUUUUUGUAUUCAUAAUAAAGCAAACUUUGUAGUGAUGGUAUAAUCAUAAAGAGAAGUAAAGAGAAUGUUGGCCUUUGUAAGCAAUCUUGCUUCUCAUUCUCAGUUCAUUUCUAUGGGAUUUGCAUUAGACUUCCAUAGAAAUGAAUGGGGGUAUGCAGCAGUGGUGCUUGUAUGAUUAUACCCUGUAAAACAGGAAUAAUCAAACCAUCCAAAAUAACUGCUAGACCACUGUGAGGUUUUGAAAUUAAGUGUAUGUUGUUUAACAAGAGUUUCCAGCAACUUUUCCACUACACUGCAUCUUGGUGCUUUGAUUAGAAAUGCCUCAGAAGUAGAACAUUACUCAAGAAAGUGGUUAGUGUUCUGUCUUUUUUUAAAAAAAAAUACCAUGUUCUGCUUACUUUUUACAGGCACACGUUUUCUCUGGUUUAUCUCUUUGAAUUGCUUUUGCAAAAUAUUGUUUUGUAUUAUCAUUGUAAUCCUAGAUUGACAAGAAUACCACCAUGAUUUACCUUUGAUUUUUUUAAAAAGUAUUUGUGAAAUUUUAAUAGUGCUAAGUUGUUUUUGUCUUUUGCAAGCAAUUGAUCUCUUAUUAAAGCUGAAUACAUUGCAGUCUUUUAUUGAAAGAUGGGUUUCUUGUAGCUAUGAGAAAGAUUUAAGAACUGUAAUUAAUAUUCCAAUUCACAGCUAAUAUAUUUAGUACCAUGGAUAUGAAACACUUUAAUUAAAUAUCACUACUUUUCAUA